UUCAUUUCCCCGGAACUAACUGAAUGGCUUCAAAAAACAGGAGGAGUUUCCAGCCCCUGGUGAGAAGCAAGGAAGGAGUUUUGUGUUACGCUGCCAAGAUGGAUUGGGAUUCGAUUACGAUGGCGAACCUUCAUCUGACAGCAACCGAGCAUCGCUAUUAUGGCGAUAUUUUUAUAUAUUGCUGUGAAAACGCUGACAGCGACAGCGUAUCGGUUGUUAAAGUUGCCGAACUUUUACGCUCUGCGAAUUUGCCGCGAGACGUCACGAUGAAGAUACUAGAUAUCUGCGUUGGAAUCAAAGGCACGACUCAUAUAGGUAAAAAACAGUUUUAUGCGGUCCUUAAACUGGUGGCAGCACAUCAAGCAGGACUGGAUGUUUGUAGAGAUAUGGUAACGGCUACUUUAGAUAUUAUAACUCUACCAAGAUUUACAUGGCCAACUUCUGGAGACGAGGAUGGUAGAAGGAGUACAGAUUCUACUAGAGAUAUAAAAAGUAGAUGUCAUGUACCUGAAAGUACUACGGAAAGUGAAAGCGAAGCGGAAUCUCCUAGAGAAACCGGUGGAAGUACGGAUUCUCCGACUCCGACCAAUAGUGUGACUCAAGAACGAAACGACGGAAUGUUGGGAGGCGAUACGAUAUUGGAUACUGUUUCCGGUGGCUGGCAAGGUCUUCUUAUGUCCGAAGAGCAGAGACAAUUGUUAGGUACAGAAGAGGAGAGCUCGGAACGUCACAGCAGCGACGAAGGUGAAGGAGAAGGAGAUUGCUCGGGCUUUCCUCCGGAAGAGGUGUGGAUCAUCAGCGACGAGCAGCGUGACUAUUACGCCGCUCAAUUCGCGCAAUUACAGUCUGAUCCAGAAGGACUCUUGGCCGGACCAGUAGCUCGAACAUUUUUCGAGAAAUCUAGACUUCCCGUAGCAGAACUAAGACGUAUUUGGCAGCUAGCGGACGUAACCAGAGAUGGGGCGUUAAGUUUACAAGAAUUUUAUGUAGCUAUGCACCUAGUUGUCCUCAGAAGAAAUCAUGUACCACUUCCCGAUGUUUUACCUCCGUCCUUGUCAAUUCCAUUAGUUAUGCAAACUACAAACGCACCACCCCCAGUUUCAUCGACGACAAAGUGCCAAAGCAGUCCACCUAAUUCAGUAAAUAUGAGAGAUAAGAACAAGGAAUGGACAAAAUUCGUUGACUCGCCGACCGGUACAACUACUUCUCUCACGAGUCCUGGACUGCAGUUAGUCAAUUUUGAUUUUCAAAAAUCUGCCGUCGAACGAGAUCCAAAAAUUUUACAUCCGGUAGCUCUUCGUUUAACGCCAGAGGCAGCUAUUCUGGCUUCUGGGGCCAAUGGUAGCAAUAGCAGUUGUACCACGUUAGGUGAAGACGAUUUGCAACAUUCUCCUGCAUCUUUGGUACAGCGACCGCUCGUUAAAAAACCACCACAAUCGGCCGAAGAUGCUAUAAUAGUAACUCCAAAGAAGGAACCACCACCUCCACCACCUCCUAGGCCUUAUAGAACACACGCACGAAGUUCUAGUCUCGAUCUUAACAAACUAGGGAAAAACGGUCAAAGUUUCCUCGGAGCACCUCCGCUCGUACCGCCAAGAAUUUCACCAGGAAUCACUUCACCUCGAAAAUUGGUUGGCCAAAGAAGCGAAGGGGAGGGACAAAGAACGCUGAGCGAAAGUCAAGGUUUUGUAGCUGAUUUUUCGCAUUUCUCUCCAAAGAAUGAAUUACCUGAAAAUCCCUCGAUGGAGAAUAGUAUUCCACAGUCUCAACAAUUUACGGGGGUCUGUGGUGCAUUUCAUAUUUAUAGGAAACCCAGUCCAAAACGAGAGCUCGGGGAAGAAGAUUCUGCGAAAGAUGAUCCCGAAGAUGGUAAGAAAUUAACUUUGCAAGAAUUGCGAGAAAAGAACGCAGAACUUCGAUUAGUUUGCGAAGAAUUGACGCGUGAAUUAGCCAGCGCUCUUCAAGAACGUAUAAAUCUUCGUGCGAAACUCAUGCUUUUGGUCUGAUCCUUCCAUCUGUUUUUUCUCGUACAUACAUUCGAAGUACCGUUUUCCAUUCUUCAAUGUAAACUCAUGUAUUUAAUAUGUCGUACCUAGUCUAGAAUUGAUCUUCUUUCGACGGUAUAAUUAUAUGUAUAUCUGUGAAAGUCAAUUGUGCGAAUGAAAGAUAAAGGCUCGAACAAAAAUCAUGUUGCGGUAGUUCCGCUUUUUCUACAAUAAUUGGAGUUACUAUUUCCUGUUGUUGCAGGAUCCUACAGUGCAAAGAUAUAUAUAUAUAUACAUACACACAUAUAUACACUUUUAUAAUGUUACGCAUCGAUAACUAAGACGCCAAGUUCUUGAUUACAUUUAGGUGAGCGUCUCUUUCUUUUUUCGAUGGAAUCUUAUGGAAACUAUUCAUUCUUUGUAUCGUGGAUGUAAAAGCUAUUUAGCUUUGCAAUUACACCCACUAAAGUUUUAGUGUCGCAAAUCGUCAAUCAUCUUUAUUUCAAAACAUCUGUCGACUCCCUAAACCGAUCAAAUGAUCUUUGUAUAUUGAUAAAUAUCUCCAAACAAGAAAUUAUUUAUUAAAAGACAUAAUAGUCUUAGCUUCACAUUUAUUGUACACUGCAAAACUAGAUAUUCAUUAAAAAGACGUACGAUAAACGCGUACAAGCGUAGUCAUUGUCUUCGCAUAGAAACUUGUGUGCGUCCAACAAGUCGUAUUGUAUGUGUAUUUAAAUUACGAUAAUAGACUGAAACGUCAAAGUAGACACGUCAAGUGGUAAAACCUCUAAUGGUAAAAAUAAAUUUGAGAACACGCAGGGGACCUUAUGCGAAGAGUAUUAACGAUCACGUUUGUACAUUUUUAACAACAAAGUCAACUUGUAUUUUCGUAUCGCUGUACAAUCAAAUUUUUCACUGCAUGAGGUACAACUUAGUAUUGAGAUACUAAGAAAAGUCUUACUAAAUCGUGUUUUACUUCGUGAUAGCUAUUGUAUUAUAUAAGUAUUUUAGGCAUUAGACAGAAUUAGACAAAGACAUGAGAGAGAGAGAGAGAGAGAGAGAGAGAGAGAGAGAGAGAGAGAGAGAGAGAGA